UUUUAAAACAGAAGAAACAAAAACAAAUUGAAAUCAGAAACUGAAAAAACAGAAGCAUUUUGAAUCUUGAAUACCCAGAAAACAAAAAUCAAAUACAUGUGUUUUGUAAUAGAGAGAUAGAGUGAGCCUUAUGAAUAAUUAAAGUGGCUAGUUAAGUUUAAGUAGUUUGUGUAAUAGAAGCUUAGCUGGCUUGAGCGGGUUUACCGGAGUCAAACCCAAAUCGGCAGGCGCCGAACCACCCUCGCUUUUGUGUCAGACCAAUAACAGAGCCACUGCUUCUGGUUCUCAUUAACAACUGAACCCCACUUUUGCAGUUAAUUUUUUUUUUUUUUACCAGAGAAUUGUCAGCGCUUAAAAAUGAAGCCUUCAUUUUAGAAUUAGAAUGGAAGUUUGUGUUAAAAGUCUUAAGAGAGGAGAGAGUGAUUGUCCACUUCAGAGUUGUUCUUUGUUCUUGAGUCUUGACCACCUUUUUUUUAUUUAUAUCUUUAAAAUUAUUAUUUUAAUUUUAGAUCACUGUACAUUUUUUUGUUUCCAGUUUCUCUCUCUUUCUCAACUGAAGAACAAGAAACUGGAGGAUUGAGAGAGAGAGACAGAGUAGGUAGAGAGAAACAGAGAAAAGAAGAGAACAGAUAGCGCAUGGAUUGGUCAGCAACAAGCCUUUUUUUGGUUGAGGAAGAAGAAGAAACUUAGAGAUAUAUAAAUGACGGAAGAAAAAAAAAGGCUUGUGAUUCAGGUAAGAGUUUUUCGUUCUGUUUUUAAGAGAAAGGAACUGGGAGUCUUUAAUUGUAUGUAAAAAAAAAUGUGUUCUGUCAUUUGGGUGUUUUUUAUUUUGUUAGAUUUCAUUAUCAUUUACAGUCAAAUACACUUGAAAGAUUGCACUCAAGUAUGAGAGAAAGAAUAUGAGGACGUUUGUUUUGUGAGCCAUGGUGGAUCAACGAAGGGCACUGGCUGUUAUUUUUUUAUUGCUGUUAUUGUUUGAGUCUACAUUUGAGCAACUUGAAACCUUGAGUUCACCGCAUGAGCGAGCUGCUCUACUUGAACUCAGAUCCUCACUAGGGCUAAGAAGUGCAGAUUGGCCGAGAAAAUCUGACCCUUGCUUAGUGUGGAAUGGUAUAAGCUGUGCAAAUGGUAGUGUUGUUGGAAUUAACAUUUCUGGGUUUAGAAGAACAAGACUUGGGAAACUAAACCCUCAAUUUGCUAUUGAUUCUCUUGUGAACUUGACACAUUUGGCCUCUUUCAAUGCCUCAAGAUUCCUUCUUCCAGGCUCAAUCCCAGAUUGGUUAGGGCGGCAAAUGUUGACUUUGCAAGUGUUGGAUCUCCGUUCAUGUUCUAUAAAUGGUGUUAUUCCUUCAAGUCUUGGAAAUUUGACUAACUUAACUAGUCUGUAUUUGUCUGAUAAUGGCCUUUCUGGGACAAUUCCUUCGAGUUUGGGUUUACUGCCACUCCUCUCUGUUCUUGAUCUUUCAAAGAAUUUGCUCAUUGGACCCAUUCCUUCAUCAUUUGUGUCACUGAAGAAUCUAUCAAGACUUGACAUUUCUUCAAAUUACUUAAGCGGGCCAAUUCCUCCGGGCAUUGGGACACUUUCAAAGCUUCAGUAUUUGAAUGUCUCGAACAAUAGUUUUGCUUCUACAAUUCCAUCUGAGCUUGGAGAUCUUGAUAGCUUGGUUGAGCUUGAUCUUAGCGGUAAUUCUUUGUCUGGGUCAGUGCCUCCUGAUUUAAGAGGGUUAAGGAAUUUGCAGAAGAUUUUGAUUGGAAACAAUUUUCUAAACGGGAAUUUACCUGUUAAUUUAUUUCCAUCUCCUAGUCAGUUGCAGAUUAUCAUUUUGAAACACAAUAGUUUUACUGGUCAUCUUCCUGAUGUCUUGUGGACAAUGCCCCAGUUGAGUUUUCUUGACAUCUCUGUCAAUAAUUUUACUGGUUUGCUGCCCAAUUCUAGCUCAAAUGCAAAUGUCACUGCUGCAGAACUCAAUAUUUCUCUGAACUUGUUUUAUGGAAAUCUGACACCAUCUCUAAGAAGGUUCAGUUUCAUUGAUCUCUCAGGGAAUUAUUUUGAAGGCAAGGUUCCUAAGUAUGUGCCUGGUAAUUCAUCUCUUGAUGGCAACUGUCUCCAAGAUUUGCCAGACCAGAGGACUUUGGUGGAUUGCUCUUCAUUUUAUGCUGCAAGGGGCCUGAAUUUUGAUAACUUUGGCCUCCCAAAUUCCACACAACCUCGUGCAUCUGAAACCUCUGGGAAGAACAACAAAAGGACAAUUAUAUUGGCAUCGGUUUUGGGAGGAGCUGGGCUAAUUUUGCUUUUGGUGUUGCUGGCUCUGCUUGUCCUUUGUACCCGUAAGAGGGGCACUACAAAUGAAACAGGGGUCGGUGUGGGGCCAGUUCCUGCAGGGUCCACUCCACCUCCUCCUGGAGUGUCAAUUAACUUUUCUAACCUUGGAGACUCAUUUACUUAUCAGCAGCUACUUAUAGCAACUGGUGACUUUAGUGAUGCAAAUCUCAUAAAAAAGGGUCACUCAGGAGAUCUCUUCCGUGGUAUCUUGGAAGGUGGUAUCUCUGUGGUAAUCAAAAGAAUUGAUUUGCAGUUUAUUAAAAAGGAAUCAUACCUGUUGGAAUUGGAUUUCUUUAGUAAGGUUGGACAUUCAAGACUGGUUCCUCUCCUGGGACAUUGCUUAGAGAAUGAAAAUUUGAAGUUCCUUGUUUAUAAAUAUAUGCCAAAUGGGGAUUUGUCAAGUUCCUUGUAUAGAAAAACCAAUAUGGAAGAUGAUUUACAGUCAUUGGAUUGGAUAACUAGAUUGAAAAUCGCAUUAGGAGCGGCAGAGGUUUUAUCUUAUCUUCAUCAUGAAUGCACUCCACCCCUUGUGCACAGAGAUGUUCAAGCAAGUAGUAUUCUUCUGGAUGAUAAAUUUGAAGUACGGCUUGGGAGCCUAAGCGAGGUCUGUGCUCAAGAAGGUGAUUCUCAUCAAAGUAAAAUUACCAGGUUGCUGCGGUUACCACAGUCAUCUGAACAAGCUACUUCAGGUUUGCUGACAGCAACAUGUGCCUAUGAUGUAUACUGCUUCGGGAAGGUAUUACUUGAACUGGUAACCGGCAAGCUGGGCAUUAGUGCAUGCAGUGAUACCGAAAUGAAGGAAUUAAUGGAACAGACACUUCCAUACAUCAGUAUAUACGACAAGGAACUUGUAACCAAGAUUGUAGAUCCAUCUCUGAUUGUUGACGAGGAUCUUUUAGAGGAAGUAUGGGCCAUGGCUAUUGUUGCCCGGUCUUGCCUUAAUCCCAAGCCUUCAAGGCGGCCUCUCAUGAGAUACAUCCUCAAGGCUUUGGAAAACCCUUUAAAGGUCGUAAGGGAAGAGAACUCUGGCUCAGCAAGGCUAAGAGCUACCUCUUCUAGAGGGUCUUGGAAUGCUACACUUUUUGGUAGUUGGCGUCACAGUUCAUCCGAUGUGGUGGCCAUUCCAGCAGUGUCAGCUGCUAAAGUAGAAGGAACUAGUAGUGUUAAACGAUCAGGAACCACAGGUUCUCAUUCUCAGGGCAGUGGACCAAAUAGCCGAGGUGAUAAUUCAUCCUCACGUAGACAGCAUUCUAAAGAUAUAUUCCCAGAACCAUUUGAUGUCCAGGAAAUAGAGAGACAAAACCAGGACUAGUAAAAGAUAGUUGAUUGUUGUUGAUUCUUUGCUAAUAAAUAUUUGGCAGGCUUCCCAUUUGAGUGCCUGCUUGGCGGUA